AGGGAUUGACUUGAUUUACAUUUGACAUUGCUAUUUGACGAAGAAGCAACAUGGAAGUAAACUAUAGCAAAUAUAACACAUGGCUAUUGUCAUUUGGGUGUACUACUGAAAUUCUGAAAGUUGUGUGUCUAUUUAAUACUUUUGUGUAGCUUAGGUGUGAUGUAUAGCUCAAUGUAAAGUUGCAUCAUCUUUUUAAUAUAUGGAAAAUAAAACAUCAGAAUGUUACAGAAUAUACAAUAUAUUACAGUAUAUAUGAGUUCUAAUUUUUUUGAAAAUGCUUUGAAAAUUUUGCACUACCUAAGCAUUGUGUAGAUCCAUUUGUGAUAUGUGCUGGGUCACUAAAGACCCAUGCGUUUACUGUAAGGACUGCUCAAAGCAUCAAAAUAAAAUAAGGUCCCAGUAAACAUUCAAGAAGACAUGAGCAAACAUAAAGGACUCUUUCUCUCUCUCUAGGUUCUGGUUUCAGAAUUCUCAGAUGUUCUGAAGCUCCACGUGUGUUCUGUGAGAACCUCAACAUGAGUGUGUGUCCCCUUACAGAAAGCAGCCUUGAGGUGGUUGCGCUGUCAACACAGGAAGUGAGGCAGAACAGGGGUUAGGCUAAAGGUGAGCUGGUCUUCCAGGUUGAAGCUCCUCCCCUUGGCUACAGCACGUAUGUCAUCUCCUUGCUUAGGGAUGACCCUCCAGCUGCCAGGCCCAAACCCAGAGCCCCUCGCUCCAUUCAGAACAAGACCCUGUAGUUCUGGGCAUUGCGAUAUGGCUCAGAUGCUGCAGAUGGCGAUUCCCAACUUUGGCAACAAUGUUUUGGAGUGUCUUAAUGAGCAGCGGCUUCAGGGUCUGUACUGUGAUGUGUCAGUGGUGGUGAAGGGGCACACAUUUAAAGCCCACCGGGCAGUGUUGGCUGCCAGCAGCUCCUACUUUCGAGAUUUGUUCAACUCUGGAAGCAAGAGUUCUGUCGUGGAGUUGCCACCAGCAGUCCAACCACAGAGCUUCCAGCAGAUUCUUUCCUUCUGUUAUACCGGCCGACUUAGCAUGAACUUGGGAGAUCAGUUUCUCUUAAUGUACACAGCGGGAUUCCUGCAGAUCCAGCAGAUUAUGGAAAAAGGCACCGAGUUCUUCCUAAAGGUAAGCUCCCCAAGUUGUGACUCACAGGGUCUUCACACAGAAGAAACCCUGCCCUCGGAACCCCAGAGCCCCGUUACUCAAACUGGGGGUGUGGUCGCCACGGCGGCAGCUCGACCCGCCUCCUGCCUCACACCCCUUCCGCUGGUGUCAAGGGUGAAAGCUGAGCAGCAACCUCAGGUCCAGCAGUCCCAACAAGAUGCAUCGUCAUAUUCGGUGGUGUGCACUCCAGUCGCAAAGCGUCUCUGGGAAGGGGGGAGCCGUGAAGGAGGUGGAGGAUCAGGAGGAGGGGGAGGAAUGAGGAAAGCAGCCCGCUACUCACAGGAGGCAGCACGGGGAGUGGGAGGGGCACCUCCUCAAAGUGCAACCUUAAUGGCUGUAAGCGGGACUACUAACAGCAACAGCAACAACAAUAAUAACAACAACAACAACAACAGCACGCCGGAGGGUGCCAGCUCAGGCACACCCAGUGUCUACACCAGUGACUCGCCAAACUCUUACCAUGACGAUGAUGAAGAGGAGGAGAUUAUAGAUGAAAUGGCAGAAGAGCAGUACAGACAAAUCUGUAACAUGUACACCAUGUACAGCAUGCUGAAUGUAGGGGCAACAGCCAGCGAACGAGUGGAAUCCCUACCAGACCACCUCACAGUUGAAUCAAGAGGAAGGGGAGUUCGAGUGCGGCAAGAACUGGCCUCUCUUCCCACUGAGCUCAUUGCACAAAUCGGAAACCGCUGUCAUCCUAAACUCUAUGAAGAAGGUGACCCUGCUGAGAAACUGGAGCUAGUAACAGGCACCAGUGUCUUCAUUUCACGCGCUCAGCUGAUGAACUGCCACGUCAGUGCGGGCACACGCCAUAAAGUACUGCUCAGGCGGCUCCUCGCGGCCUUUUUUGACCGAAGCACUCUUGCAAACAGCUGCGGGACAGGCAUUCGGUCCUCCACAAAUGACCCCAACCGCAAACCACUGGACAGUCGAGUUCUUCACGCUGUUAAGUUUUACUGCCAGAACUUUGCUCCUAGUUUCAAAGAGAGCGAAAUGAACGCGAUCGCUGCGGACAUGUGCACUAACGCACGACGCGUGGUACGUAAGAGCUGGAUCCCCAAACUGAAGCUCCUGAUGGCAGAAAGUGAUGCUUAUGCCAACUUCCUUCCGGACGCUGCCAAAAUGGAAUCUGACGGCUUGGGGGUGGAGCCUUCCUUUGAAACAGGAUCUCUGGAGGGUGGUACGGCCUCUGAAUCUGGUCAAUCGUCUACGGAUGCCCUGCAAGGGGUGAGCGGGGAUAGUAGCAGUUUGUUUUAUUGAGCAAGGCUACCAUGGUGACACCACCAGCUAUUCUUUACCUUCCACUCCUCCAAUUUAUCCCAUGUUUCAUGGUGUCACCUUGGCCGUUGGUGUCCUCCUGUAAUAGGGAGGAGAGUGGAAAAGAUAAAGUGUAUGUUUAUGAAGACUGUUGUUUCAUCCCGCUUCCAAAGUCUUUGGUUGUAGUGUUCCAAGUGGCCCUUCCUCUCCAUCUUGCUUGGAAACACAUUCCCAAAACGGAGGGGCCUCUUGGGAACAUUGGGGUGGGCAGAACGGGAAAUGGGUACUGAGGAUACUGUCCUGACUCUGAAUGUAUGUUUUUGGAGAAUCCAGAAAGUUAAUAUCACUAGACAUAAGAUUGUAUUCAUCUGUUAAUAUUUAGCAGCAGUAUAUCUGCUCUCGGGACCCCCAUUUCUUCUUCUUACCCAACUCCCCAAGACCCGGAGAAAGACUCUAUCGCUCAUUUAUUUUCUUUCAUCUUUUAAAUGUGUUUGUUUGAUUUUGUUUGUAAUUGCUUGUAUUUUUCUUGCCAAGUAUGCCACUUUUUUGACUUGCCAAGUGUCCCAAGAGAGGCAGUUUGUUACAGAUGAUUGUUAUGAAUUUGUAAGUGGCCGAUGAACAUGUUAGAUUUGAAACUACUGUUGGGUUUUGACAACUAUUGAAUUCUCACCUUUUAAUUUAAUGAAUUGAGAAAUUGUCCACUUGAACAUUUUAAGGAGAAACAAGACAUAUUUUUGCAUUAGCAAAGUCCAAAAAUAUUUUAGAUAUAUUAUUUUGGUAUAUUACCAAGGUUUAAUGUCGAGCUUUAGUUUAAUCAGACUGGCAGAGGUUUUUUGUGUCAAAUAUUGGGCUGCACGGUAUUGAUGAAAAUGCGAUACAAUAUUGCUAUGAUGACGUCAUAGAAGCAUGCAGAAUAUCGGAACCCCCACCGCCAAAGUAAACUGAAGUGUAUCGGAAUAAAAAAAGGAACAUCUAUCCAAGGGACUUUUAUUUUGUACAAAUGUUGACACCAGAUGUCCAAAAGCGCUUGCCGUAGCCAUUUGCUUUCUACUUUGGUUUUGCUUGUUGUCAGUCCGCGCUGAACUUCAGACUGUUCACGGGACAAUCCAUUAAUAGAAACCCACACACACAGAUCAGCAGCCAAUAAACAAGCCAAAUUUGACUUUAUAAACCGGCAUCUGGUCUCAUUUUUAUCUGCACACACUUAAAGCAGAUUGGAAGCACAGAACAGCACCAGUUAUAGCAACAUAUCCACAAAUGUGACAUGCAUCCAGCAUGAAAAAAUAACAGGCUUCUCUCAUGCUAAUCACCCAGUCUGUUAAUGUUGAAAUGACAAUGUAGAAAAUGAAUGGGGAAAAUCUUGAGCCCUGAAGCACUCACGGGAUCAGCGCCUUUGCACACUACACACAUGCACAGUCGCGCGCCCUGUCUAUUGUCUGCUAUCUGCGCCGCUUUGAAUGUUACUAUAUUAAUAUCAUUACGUUAUCGCAAGCCUUUACGAUAUGCAUAUCGAGAUAUGUACAUUUGCGAAAUUUCGAUAUAUCGUGCAGCCCUAGUCAGAUAUCUGUAAAAUUAUUCAUCCCAAGAAACUCCCAAACAUGGUCCCAAAUGUCUAA